CCGUAGUCCCGCUGCCAAGAUGCGUGCCAAGGCCACGCUGUACCACAACCCGUCCUGCUCCAAGUCGCGCUCGGCGCUGGGCAUCCUCUCAGACUUCAAUGAAGGACGUCCAGCAGCGGAACAGGUGUUGUUCGACGUGGUGGAGUACCUUCAGACGCCGCCAGAUGCCGCAACGAUCGAGUCCAUCUUGAGAAUGCUUCCACCCGACGAGCAAUCAUCGACGUUAUUGAACCCGCUUCGAAUUGUGCGCACGGGCAAUGCGGAAUUCACUGCGUUGCAUUUGGAUCAGUUGGACCCAACCAACGCAGUGGACCGUCAACAGUUGCUCGAGGCAAUGGUUUCCCAUCCGAGCUUGAUUGAGCGGCCGAUCUUCGUCAAAGACGACCGCGCUGUCAUCGGACGACCUCCCGAGCGCGUGUUGGAUUUGCUGCACUAACAUCGGUCAUUUCCAAUACAACAGCAGUGGAUACGUCGUUGCCAGUGCCCCAGUACUUCAGUUGGCCCGUUUAUAUUCAUGAAACUUACAACAACGGUGGGAUGCAAGCUACCGAGAUCUUCUACUUGGCCUUCAUCUUGGCCACAAGGUCCGUCAUGUGUUUGCUGUCUGGUACCACGUGAACAUUCUCCACGUUAUCGUGUUCUCGACGGGAAAUGGGUCCAUUGUCGGCGCGCUCCGACGGCAGCAGCUCCAGGAACGUUGCGUGGGUCAGCGGUUUGAUUACGUGCUUGAGCUCGACAGCCGAGUCGAACACAGCCUUCUUCCCAAACACGUACAGACCAAAGCGGGCUCGGGAGACGGCCACGAUUGCGCGUCGGACGUCGCGAAUGUGACCGACGUGGCGCGUGCGGACGAGCGACAGAAGCACAAAGUCCCUUUGCUGCCCUUGGAAUUCGUCCACGGUAGCGAUCGACGAAGGCAACCCGAAUGCAGCUUUUCCCGGCUGGAACAUCGACCACAGCAAUUCCUUUUGACCGGCGUAUGUGGUCAAGACGGCAAUGCGGUCGGCCGCAUACCCGAUCAGGCGCAUGUACUGGAAUACCUGCACCAGAUACAGUCCCUCGAGGUGGUUCUCAAACGCAUGCGGACGCGGAGACGUCUCGGAUCCUCCUGGAACCUGCAUUGAACACGCGUGAAACACGGCACAACGAGCGAGCCGUCGGCGGCGACACGUACAUCGAUAAACUGAAACGUGUGGCGAAAGCCUGGAUUGGCCAUGGUAAACGGCGGCGCCGACGUCACAGGCUUCAAGUCGGUCAAGUCCUGAAGGAACCAACAUGACGAUUAAGACGACCACGACAGAUUGUACACUCUGGGCAUGGGCACCGUACCUUGUACCUCCACUUGAAGAGGGCGGCAAUGGAGGGUCGCGUGCGGCCUUGCUGAUCCAGUUGAAUGGCUGGCGCGCCGAGACGAAUCAGUCGCGAGAAUAGACUCUGGUCCAAGUUGGAAAAGUUGGCGAGGGGACGGUUUUGCACGACUGGGGGCAGCUGCAAGUGGUCGCCAAACAGCACGACGCGGCUCAACUGUGUCGUUGUCUUUUGCAGGAGCAUCGGAACAAGCGACUCGAUCUCGCUCACUUGACCAGCUUCCUCCAUGAUCAACGUGUGGUACUGGAAGCCCAUGUCGAUGAACCGCUUUCGAUUCAACGCGGCUUGCGUGCACGUCAUCGCGACGACGCGCGCAUGCUUGACCAAGAGAUAAUCGCCUCGUUGCUUUGGCGUGCGAAGCACUUCCAA